AUGCCCUCGCCCUAUAGAAGCCUCUUUGCUUCUAGCACCCCGCUGCUGCUGCAGCAGAAGCAGCAGCAGCAACAGCAGCAGCAGCAGCAGCAGCAGCCGAAGAUGUGGCAGCGCCUGCAGCAAGAGGUUAGUGAGAUCUUCAGCGAUGCGCAUGCAGGUAGCAGCAACAGCAGCAGCAGCAGCAGCAGCUCGGUUUCUGCUACCUUAACAGCAGCAGAAACUGCAGCAACAACAGCAGCAGCAGCAGCAGCAGCAGCAGCAGCAGCAGCAGAGGAAGCGGGGCCUGAGUCUCCUGUGCUGCUGAGGCAUGCGAUGGAGACACGGCUAGAACGAAAGGCAGCAACAGCAGCAGCAGCAGCAGCAGCAAGAAGCAGCCUCUUCCCUGCUGCUGCAUCUGCUGCAGCAGCAAAAACAUUCCUCUCUCAUGUCGAUCGCCGGCUGCAGCAGCUGCAGCAGCUGCAGCAGCAAACCCAAACAGCAGCAACACAAAAGAAACAAACCGUUGCAGCAGCAACUGCAGCAACUCCCGCAGCAGCAGCAGAAACCCCAGCAGCAGCAGCAGCAGCAACAACACUCCCUUCUGCUGCUGAUCGGAGGCCCAGGUCUACCCCUGCUGCUGCAGCCACAGGCAGAAGCACGAGGAGUAAGACCAGCAGCAGCAGCAGCAGCAGCAGCAACCCCAACAGCAGCAACAAACCCAGCAGCAGCAAGUCCAACAGAUCGCCGGCUGCAGCAGCUGCAGCAGCUGCAGCAGCAAACCCAAACAGCAGCAACACAAAAGAAACAACCCGCAGAAGCACGAGGAGUAAGACCAGCAGCAGCAGCAGCAGCAGCAGCAGCAGCAGCAGCAGCAGCAGCAACCCCAACAGCAGCAACAAAUCCAGCAGCAGCAAGUCCAACAGCAGCAGCAGCAGCAGCAGCAGCAGUCGGCUGCCUCGCAUUGGUCUGUCGCGGUGUCUGCCCAGCGCGCAGCAACGGAAGACAGCAGCAGCAGCAGCAGCAGCAGCAACAGCAGCAGCAGCAAAGCGUUCCAGGAGCACCUCAGCUCUGCCUCUGCUCAAACGGCAGCAGCAGCAGCAGCAGCAGCAGCAGCAACAGCAGCAGCAGCAGCAGAAGCGUCGCGGCUUGAGCAGCAGCGCGCUUCCUCCAUUGGGCCCAUCGCCUCAGUAG